UGUGUUUGAGCUGCAGGAGAACAAAGCUCAGCUCCACUGAAGUGAGGACAACACCAAAUAUUAAAAAUGAACCUGGAUAUUUCCUGGAAAGAAACUGUAAAAUUGUUUUCACGAUUAACGCCUGAGGUCACGCUCUCACAGGUGAGUGUUGCACAGGCUCGCGCGUGACUCAGCCAAUCAACGCGGGACUGUCUGUUCCCAAUUCACAACUUUCAAAACAUUUGCGCGUGGAGCUGUGGGCUGAGUCCAAUUACAUCACCGACGGUCAUAAAACAGCAGUGCAGCUCACCGGGGGGAGAAAACAAAGACAGCCGCUGACACACGCUGCUUAUACCACCGGAGCUGAGCUGAGCUGAGCUGAGCGCGAGCUGGACGACGCGAGCUCAACUCAUGGACAUACUCACAUACAAAGAAAUAGGAAUGAAGCGACCGAGGACGAUGUGCUGCAGCAUUAAGCUGUUUGUCCUGUGCCACGGCCUCCUGCAGUUCUCUCAGCUGCUGUACAGCUCCUACUUCAAGAGCACCAUCAGCACAAUCGAGAGACGCUACGGCCUCAGCAGCUACUCCUCAGGAACUAUUUCCUCUCUCCAUGAGGUCAGCAACAGUGUGCUGAUAGUGUUCGUGAGCUACUUUGGAAAUCGGGUCCACCGGCCUCGCGUCAUUGGAAUCGGUGGACUACUGAUGGCUGUCAGCGCCAUGAUGCUGACCUUACCUCACUUCGUAUCCCAGCCCUACGAAUAUGACUCUGUUUUACACAACCACCAAGACAUUUGCACCGUGCAGAGGAAUUCGAGUAACCUGGAGUCGUGUGACCGUGAGGAGAAGAGGCGUCUGGCUGACUCGAACAACCUGUGGCUGCUGAUGGGCAGCGCUCAGCUGCUCUUCGGUGUGGGCUCGGUGCCCAUCCAGCCAUUUGGGAUUUCCUACAUAGAUGAUUUUGCUGGACCUGGAAACUCCCCUCUUUACAUAGCCAUCCUGUUUGCAGUAUCUGUAUUCGGGCCAGCCAUCGGAUACCUGCUGGGCGCAGUCAUGCUGCGGAUCUAUGUGGACGUGGACAAAUAUGGUUUAGGAGCUGAACAGGAGCUGAGAGUGUCUGAUCCCCGCUGGGUCGGGGCCUGGUGGAUGGGCCUGCUCAUCACCAGCGGCUUCCUGGUUCUCACCUCCAUCCCCUACUUCUUCUUCCCUCGUCGGAUGCCGGCAGAACACAAUGUGAUUGGAAGUGAAACUGACAUGAGUGAUGACUUCAAGAAGCCAGAUGUCUCUCUACUUGAUUUCCUGAAAAUGUUUCCCAGGAUGUUUGUCCACCUGCUGCUGAGCCCUCUCUUCCUGAUGCUGGUCCUGGCCCAGUGCUGCUUCUCCUCAGUGAUCGCAGGUCUCGCUACGUUCCUCAACAAGUUCCUGGAGCGACAGUACAGCGCGUCGCCCGCCUACAGCAGCCUGCUAGUAGGUGCUGUGAAUCUACCUGCAGUGGCAGUGGGGAUGCUGGUGGGUGGGGUCAUCAUGAAGAGGGCACGUCUCUCUCUUAAGAUCAUCCCACGCUUCUGUGUGGCUAUGUUGACCCUGUCCACCCUCCUCUGCAUCCCUCUCUUCUUCAUGGGCUGUCCCACGCAGAAGGUCUCAGAGGUCAAUCAUGACCAGAUCGGACAGCACCGGUCUCUCUCCUUGUGCUACUCCAACUGCUCCUGUCCUGCCACUGCCUUCAACCCUGUGUGUGGCUCUGACGGUGUCGAGUAUAUUUCUCCGUGCCAUGCAGGCUGCACCAACUUCACCAAAGACCCCAACAAUACCCACAGGGUUCAGCUGUAUACCAACUGCAGGUGUGUAUCAGGGAGCCAGGGUAGCGCCCGCCCUGCUCCGUGUCCAAACAGCUGCCCACAUUUUCUGCUCCCCGUCAUUCUGGUCAUCUCUCUGGCAUCAUUGAUUGCCUGCUUCACUCACAACCCCAUGUACAUGAUGGUGCUCAGAUGUGUUCCCUCUGAAGAGAAGUCAUUCGCAAUAGGAAUUCAAUUUUUACUCAUGAGAGUAUUGGCCUGGCUUCCUGCCCCCGCUCUCUUCGGGACGGCCAUCGAUACGUCGUGUAUCUGGUGGAAGCGUGUGUGUGGAAAGAAGUUUAGCUGUGGUUACUAUGACAACAACAUCCUGAGGAACCGCUACCUGGGCUUACAGGUGGGUUAUAAGGUCAUGGGUAUCAUCCUACUGAUGAUGCUGGGGUGGAAGGUGAAGCGGACCCAGGAGUACAGUCUGGAGAAGAGACCUGAAGGACCACUGUGACCCCGCUGAGCGUCCCCGUCGAUCCAAGCCUUUCUGUCCCUUAAAGCUUUGUUGUGGUUGAAGAACAGUGUGCAGAGCGAAGCCACAGCCAACACGGGCCUACGCUUACCUCGAUUUCUGUAGGCCCACCUCCCCACCAGGUGCCUCACCCGCUGGAGUUAGGAAGUACAUUUUCCAGAAGGGACAAUGUCUGAUGUUUUCGGAUGCUUUAAUACUCGUGAUUGGAAUUAUUCUGACUGUAUGACCCGCAUAAUACAAGUCAAGAGAGGACUGCUGAAACACAUCGCUGUAUGGAGGACGAAAAAUGACUAAAGUAUCAAUAAAUAAAUAAAUGUAUAAAUAAAUAAACAUGGAAAUAAAUAAAUAAAAGAAAAAAUAAAUGCAGACAUAAAUACAUGCCUAAAUAAAUAAACAUGGAAAUAAAUAAAUAAAAGA